AAGCAUCUCAUUUUUCCUCCUCUCGUCUUCAAGUCUUCCGCCUUUUGUUUGUUUCUUACUCCGGCGGUCGUCGUUCCUGGACACGUGAAAUGCUAAGUCUCAACGCCCAUCCAUUCACGCCGCCCUCCUCCCCGCUCUACUUCACUCGCCUCCGACCGAGACCCCUCUGCUCACCAACCAGCGCCGCGGCGUCCACCUCCACCUCAUCCGCGCCGCCCUCUCUCCGCUUUCGCCGCCGCGGCUGCGCUGCCGACCGGAGCCGGAGCCGGAAGCCGACGAGGAUGGCCGCGGUGGUCUCGCCUGGCGCCGGCGGCCUGGCCCACGACCUCGUGUCCUCGGCCGUAACGGCCGGCGUCGCCCUUGCCCUCCUCCGCUUCUUCGAGGAGCUCGCCAAACGCGGCGUCUUCGAACAGAAACUCAACAGGAAACUUGUGCACAUAACUAUCGGGAUGGUAUUCUUGCUCUUUUGGCCUCUUUUCAGCUCGGGAAGGUAUGCUCCUUUCCUGGCUGCACUUGCACCAGGGAUUAAUAUUGUAAGGAUGCUUCUACUGGGUUUAGGAAUAAUGAAAAAUGAAGCCAUGGUCAAAUCAAUGAGCCGGUCUGGAGACCACAGGGAACUUCUCAAGGGUCCAUUGUAUUAUGCUACCACCAUAACCUUUGCCACUUCUGUGUUAUGGAGAACAUCUCCAAUUGCUAUAGCACUUAUCUGCAACUUAUGUGCCGGAGAUGGUAUAGCAGACAUAGUGGGGAGACGUCUAGGGAAAGACAAGCUUCCAUACAACCCCAACAAGUCAUAUGCAGGAAGCAUAGCGAUGGCUGUGGCUGGUUUCUUGGCUUCUAUUGGGUACAUGCAUUACCUCCACACUUUUGGUUUUAUUGAGGAAAGCUGGAACAUGGCUUUUGGCUUCCUUGUGGUCUCCGUAGCCGCAACACUUGUAGAGUCGCACCCCAUCAGCACAGAACUGGAUGACAAUUUAACUGUUCCACUGACAUCAUUCCUAGUCGGUAGCCUCCUUCUCUGAUGAGGUGGUCUGUGCAGUGUUCAUCGUUCUUGCAAUCGAAAAAACAAAAUCACUAUGAGUUCCUACAUGUAGAUGAUUAUCAACAAGUCGUGGGGAAAAAUAUGUUGUGAAUGGGUGCUUAGUUGCUUACACGUAAGAAAAGAAGUGUCCUC